GGUGUCUGGUAGGCGGGUAAAGGGGGGAGGUGUUCUGGUUCGAAAUACAGGCAAUUAUUCUAUUUUUUUAACCCCCAGCUUUCCCUCUUUUACAAACCUCUCCCCGGUUUCCUCUUUUUCCUUGUUUAGUGUCUUUCUCUCGCUUUUGAGCACAGCCUUGGAUGUUAGGAAAAGAAAGGCGAGCGAGGAAGGAAAAUGGGGACCACGUGUAUAAAGAGAGGGUGGCUGGGCUGUGCCAGCUCCGUGGACUCUUUAGCCAGUCUGUCUUGUUGGGGGAGAGGGGCUUGGUAGGGCAGCAAGGGGGGCAUGAAGCCCGCCAUCUUUCCUUAGCUGUCGCCGGGGAACCGGUUAGGUUCCCUUCUGCUCUCCGCCUACUAGCCAGUCAGAUGUUUUUUUUUCCUAGCAAGAACGGUGACGGCGGAGCAGGUUUGGGAGAGAGAGAGACAGAGAGAGGGCAAGGGCAGAUCUCUUUUUUUCGAUUUCACGAUUUUCCUUUUUUUUCCAUCUUUUUUUCCCUUUUCUUUUUAUCUUUCUAUCUUUCUUUAGUUACUGACUUCGGUCAAACCUCAAACGAACAAAGCAAAGCAAAGCGAGCAGGCGGG